AUGGUUGAGCUCCAUGAAAUUUCAAAAGGAUCUUCGUCUUCUUCAUCAACUCAUGGUCGUGGAUAUGAUGUAUUUUUAAGUUUUAGAGGUGUCGACACUCAUAAUAGUUUCACUAGUCACCUUUAUAAUUCUCUCAUGCAUGCCAAUAUCACUACCUUCUUGGAUGAUGAAGAGAUUGAAGCAGGGGAAGAUCUGAAACCAGAAUUGGAGAGUGCAAUUAAAUCAUCCAAGGCUUCUGUUAUUGUGUUGUCCAGGAGCUAUGUUGCUUCAACAUGGUGUCUUGAUGAAUUGGUUAUGAUCCCCAAGCAACAUAUGAAAUCCAAUCAUGUUGUAAUCCCCAUCUUUUAUCAUGUUGAGCCCACCCAUGUUAGAAAGCAACAAAGUAGCUUUGGAGAUGCAAUGGAUAAGCAUAGACAAAAGAUGGUAGCAGAGACAGAUGAAAAUAAAAAAUGUCAAUGGGCUCAAAAGAUGGUCCGAUGGAGUAAUGCACUUAGAGAAGUUGUUGAUUUAAAAGGAAAGGAUGCAAAUGGCAGGCAGAAGUUCAUAUAUGAUGAUAGUAAUGAUGUAAUUAAUUUAGUAAAAGAGCAGCUUAGUUUUUUGGAUGGUCUUUUGUGGUUCUUACCAAAUAAGAUGUCAGGCAAGAGGCGGCGUUAA